UCCAAUUGUUGUACACCUCACCAUGAAGCUUCUCUCGUCGUCGCUCGCCGUGCUCGCCUCGUCCGCCGUGCUCACCGACGCCCACGGCCGCCUCCUCACGCCGCCCCACCGUGGCUGGAUCGGGCGUCUCCCCGAUUUCAAGCACGUGCCCAUCGACUACGACGACAACGGUUUGAGCGCCGGCGGCGUCGGUGUGACGAGUAAAGGACCCCAUGGCACGUGCGGCGACCUCUACUCGAGCGCGACGCCCCGUGCGCACGAGAAUGGCGGCAAAUACGGCUUGUUUCCGACGUAUGGCGCCAAGGCCAUUGGCGGCUGCUACGCACCUGGCGCGACAAUGAAGCUCGAGGUCCAAAUCACGGCCAACCACAAGGGGUACUUUACGUUUGGCCUUUGCAAGCUCGACAAGCCAUCGGACGUGGAGACGGAAGGCUGCUUCCAGCCGCUUGCGCAGCCCAAUGGCCAAGACAAGUGGCCCCUACCGCCCGGCAACGACGUGUUCAAGAUGCAGUACAACCUGCCGCGGAACGUCACGUGCGACGGCGACGCCCACUGCGUCCUGCGCUGGUGGUACAUGGGCGGCAACAACUGGGGCGCCGCGGCCCAAGAGCAGUUUUGGAACUGCGCCGACAUUUACAUCAGCCACACGUGUGGCAAAAGCCCCACCAUCUCUUUUCGCGAUUAGCGGUUCGAGCCGUGGUUCAACCGCCUCCAAGUCAUUUGAGCGAGCGAAUGUGGAUGACACACGUUGUUUCUCGUUUCCGUUGCGACGAUGCACCGAGUUUUGAAACCUAGUAUAAGGUAACACAGAGGUUUUUCUCAAGGCGUUCCUUGCCAGCAAAUGC